AUGACCUCACCACAAGCCAAUUCCCUCGACGACAUCUUCGGCUCGUCCCCACCCCACGAGAACACAAAAACCCCCCAACAACUAUCCAGCCAAGCUCCUGAGCCUUCGGAUCUUCCCUCUCUCCGCCGUCAACACGUCACAGCCGGCUACCGCGAUGGAGUCUCCGCCGCGAAAGGCGAGCACGUCCAGCACGGCUUCGAUGCCGGCUUCCCAAUCGGCGCACAGCUAGGCAUGAGAGCAGGGACGGUGAUCGGGAUCAUCGAAGGGUUACUGCGCGGAUUUGAGAGUCGCGCUGCGUCCGGAGCAAUAAAGAAACCGCUUCAGCGGAAGGAGGAAGGGCAGGGAACCGAGGCAGACGAAGCAGCGCGGCAGGCGAAGCGGGAGCAGCUGCUCAGAUUAUACCAGAAAGCUGUGAAGGAGCUGGAAGUCCGGUCCGUAUUUGCCGGGAGUGAGGAGGAGAGCACGCAAAACAACGAGGGGCAGGAGAAACCGGAGGUUGUCCUCCGCCGGAAAGGGGACGCCGUCAUUUCGCAGUGGGAGGACCAGGCCCGGGUGGCGCAUUGGGAAGAGAAUAUGGCCGCCCUGGAGCCAAAGGAGGAUGAACAGCGCGCGUCAACAUCAACAGAGCAGAUAUGA